GAUCACAACAGCAUCUUGUGGGUAUGGGUUUUCACUGAUUGGCAGCCAUACACAGGACACCAGUAAGGUCUGGGGUAUGGGCAUCAAUACAAACUCGCAGAUUGGAUAUCAUCCCAAAGCUAUGACAAGUGUUGAGGGAAUGCAUACCAUCAUAUCACCAACUGAAAUCACAUUACCUCUGAAGAAGCCACGGAAGACCAGAGUUUCUCAGGUAUCCUGUGGUAGAUCUCACUCCCUUAUACUUACAGAUGAAGAAGGUGUAUACAGUCUUGGCAAUAAUUCUCAUGGUCAGUGUGGAAGGCCCAUUAUACCCCAUGAAGAUUAUAGUUCUAAUAAAGUCAUCCAUAAGAUUGAAGGAAUAGACGGUAAAAUAAAACAGGUGUGUUGUGGUCAUGAUCAUAGUCUGUUUCUGACUGAAGAUGGGCAUGUAUACAGCUGUGGAUGGGGAGCUGAUGGCCAAACGGGUCUCGGGCAUUAUGAGGACACUAGUACCCCACAAAGAUUAGAAGGAGAUAUAAAGGAUGAACAUAUUACUCAAAUCAAUACCCUUGCAGAUUGCUGUCUUGCCAUUUCAGAUAAAGGAGAAUUGUUUGGAUGGGGGAACUCCGAGUACAAUCAACUCAAAUGCGUGACAGAGGAUACCCAAGUCUAUGUACCUCGGCAUCUACCAUUCAAGGGAAUAGGAAAGAUUACCAGUGCUGCCACGGGAGGGACGAUAUGUGCCUUAACAAAUGAAUCUGGAGAGGUAUGGGUUUGGGGAUAUGGCUUUUUAGGUAGAGGUCCCAAGUUAACAGACACUGCUGUUCCAGAGUGUAUAGACAUGUCUUUAUUUGGUAAAUCACGCAUGAAGACGGAUGUAGCCGUGACCAAGGUCUGGUGCGGUCUUCACUACUUUGCUGCAGUCACAAAUAAAGGUGACCUGUAUACAUGGGGAACCAAUGGAUCGGGAUGUCUCGGACUUGGUCAGCUCCACAGCCAGUACUUUCCUCUCAAAGUCUCUCUUCCUGGUCAAGUCUCCCAUAUGGCUUGUUCGGUGGAUCACAGUAUAGCACUUGUCACAAAGGACAUCUGAUUUCAACUGCCCAUGCUGGAAUGAUCCUUGGCCCCAUUGCAAAGCAAUUGAUUACAUGUCGUCACCUCGGUGUCAGAAGGGCGUUGGGAUUAAUGCUUACGUCAAUUUCCAUUCAUGCAGGGUCCCGUAACACAAAGGUUAGCGAUUGAUCGUACGCCUGAUUUUCACGAUUGAUUGUACAUUGUAGUCAACGGAAUCAAUCGUAGAAAAAUGUUCUACGAUCAUUGCUAAGCUUUGUGUUACGGGCCCCUGGUCAGGUAGAAGGUCGUUAUCUAUUGUGCAUUUUUGUGUACAUUUUGUGCACUUGAGUUAAUGCCCUUAUGCCAGCUGCACAGAGAUUGAGAAUCAGCAAGCACGUGGAUCCAUCCUCCCUUCUCUCUGCCAACCAGGGGUGUGUUUCACAAAGAUUUAAGUAUGACUUAUUAAAGUCGCACUUAACUGCCGACGCGCACGUGAUAUGCAGCGUGCAAUCUGAUCGAUGGAUACGCGGUAGUGCGCGUGAUCUGACCAAUGUAGUGAUGUCUUCUAUACCGUACGCAACUGGGAGUUUAAGUGGGACUCUAAGUCAAAUUUAAAUCUUUGUGAAACACCCCCCCCCCCCCAGGGGACAAUAUUUUGUGGCUGCUUUGCCAUUCUCUUAAUUACCAUGGUAACAUGGCUCUGGAGCCAAUCAAAUCCAUGGUAGAGACCACGAGAGCUUAAUUUCAACUAUUGUAAGUUUUUAUGCAACAUGGCCUAUCAUGUAUCUCCAUAUAUCUUCAUGUGUGUAUGAGCUAUCCCAGGGCUCAAAUAAAGAAAAAAAUCAUAGGGCAAUACCAUUUCUUAAAAUGGCACUAAAACAAAAGAGGGGAGUGUUCACUUUAGGAAUAUACAUGUAGGUCAACAAUUUGCAUUAAAAUGCAACGCCAAAUGAAUUAAUUCAUUCGUUGUGUAUUCAAGUCAAGUCAAGUACACUUGCUACCUCCUCACAGCCAGAAACUUGUGCAACCUAGUCAGGAAAGAUUACCAAAGAUCGUGAAGCAAACAUGAUGUAUUUCAACUUUUGUUUGCAGUGUUAAUGAUGCCAAAUUGAUGUAAGAAACUUUUACAUGAAUGCUUGCAUUGAAAGACCACUCUCAUAGGGAAAAUUCAUCCAACAUCAAGUUGGAAUAAAAGCAGAAAAUUUAGAGACACAGAUCGGUAGGGAUCGGUGAAGAUCCACCAAUUUAUCUUGAUAUUCAGUAUAUUUUUUCUUUGUCACAUAACCAACAGAUUCCCAGUAAUGUCAUGUAAUAUAAAUUCUAUGAGAUACAAUUUUCUUUAAAAAGAAAAUAAAGAAAUGACUUCAACCUUUGCAUUUUAAUAUAUCACCUGAUACAAUAUUUUUUUAGUCAUCUUGAAUUAUUAAAUAAUAUAAUGGAAAAUUAUUUAAUUCGCAUGACAUGACAUAUGGGGCAGCUGCUCGCUUGUGAUGCCACAACAUUUGCCUUUGAAUUCCGAACUUUACGAUUCUUCAAUAUUCUUCUGUUUAAUAUCUUUAUUGGCAUUUUCUCUAUUUUGUUUUGCUUUGAUUAUUAAAAGCUGACCUUAUGUCAGGGUAGAGCUCUUCUUUAAAAAAAAAAGAAACUGAGCUUGUGGCCAGAGUACCCCAAACAAAAAUGGAAACAUCAGGGGUGAAAAAUAAUUAUUUUGGGGGACUGCUUUCCACUUACUGCCUAAAUAUUGCAUAAUUUUUAUUAUUAUCCUUAUCAGACAUCUGAGCAGGGCAACUUUGAUACAUUGUUGCCUGCUUAAGACUGGGAUCAAAUGGCCGGUCAAUAAAUUUCCAAUUGUUUAUCCACGGGCCCAAUUCAUUGCCCGCUCAGGAAAGUCAAUGAGAAAAUGCGUGGAAAUGUAGCGGGCAAUAAAGCAGAGCUAAGAUCCGGGUAUUGUACGCGUCCAUGAAUCGCGCACUGCUAUACGUCACAAUGGUAAUCAAGUUGAGACAACGCUGGAUACUGCGUCCCUAAGCCAGGGACGCGUCAUUUCAAUUAAGCUACAAUGGUAAAGUUCAGAGGCCCAGUCUGCUCAACAUGACAAACUAGAUUCUCAUUCUUAAACUUUGAAAUAUCUAAAUUUUAACGAUUUUUGCUCUAGAUGUCUGAUUUGGUUAAUAAUAGCAAUAUUGACUGGCCUGGGGGCGAAAGGACAUAUAUCGCCCUCACUAAAUUGAUAUCACCCUCGUCUACGACUCGGGCGAUAUAAAUCUAGUUUGGGCGAUAUAUGCCGUAUCGCCCAGAGGCCAGUCAAUAUUGCUUUAAUAUUGCAAUGAAUGGGGAUUUCCAGGGCCCUUUUGAGCAUUUUGGGGACAAUAUUUUGGUCGGAGCCCCAUUGUAAUUUUCCCCCUGAUAAACAUCGUAGCACAUCAAGCAUUUAUCACAAGUGCUUGUUGAAAAAUAAAUUCCUCCAUCAUUGAACUUCAGAAAAUUACAGAGGAUAUAUUUCUUGGAAUUUGAAUUUGGUUGGUGAAAAAGUACAUGUAUGAGUAUGACCCAAGUAUGGUAUUAUCUCAUUUGUUCAUUAACCCAAUGUUAAAAUAAUGAGCUUUGUUUCUAGUAGAAUUUCACAUGAUUUAUGAAGUAUACAAAUUUUGUUUCAUGUUGUAUUGGUAAUGGAUGACUUAAGAAUAUAAUAAUAUAUAUUUGCAUGAAAUGCUUUUAACAUGUUUGAAACAAAGCUAUUGUCAUCUUAUUACCCCUUGCUAGGUAUUGUAUUGGUUCCAUAUUUUAUCAGUAUUAAUAAGAGCACACUGCAAAGGAUGUGUGUAAGAACAAUUCUGAUUGGUUCCUGGUCAGUGUUUUGAACAAGAGGCACAUGCAAACACGAUCUCGAUUGGUCAUUGCUUUCUGGUAAUUGAUUGCAAUCCUCUGUGUAACCGAGCCCUAUCGUUGUUUUCCGGUGCAUAUAUUACAUUCAAACUUGUUAGUUAUAAAUGCACUUUAAGGUACAUUGAGAGUGCACAUCUAUCCUGUAUAAUUUUGUAGAUUCAGUAUGAUUUUUUUUCAGAAUCAGUCUUAUUCCUGAUGAAUGUGAAUAGGCAUAUGUUUGUGUAUACAGUGUGCAACGUAUUGUGAAGAAUUUUAUGCCAAUUUUCACAAUUUCUUCUACUUUUAAAUUUGUAAUGCUGCAUGGAUACUGGUGAGGGAUUUAUUGAGUUUGCUACUUGAAGUAAAUUUUAUUUGCCAGCCAUCUUCUUUUUUAUUCAUGCUUUCUCAAUUCUGAUAAAUGCUAGCAUUAAUCCACUUAAAAAAUAGCAUUGUAUAAUACCUCUUACACUUUUAAAUGUAGUUUUACUUGUUUUAGUAUGAUGGAUCAUUUUUUCAUUCAAAUUUGUAUCAAACCGACCACUAUUUGUAUCCAUCAAGACCACUAUCAAGUUUCCCCGGGAUGGUCUUCAUAUACAGGUUUGACGAUCUUGAUCAUUUUCUAGGGAAAGUGUUAAUAAGAUACUUGCUUCUCAGAGCUUCGUAUUCCCUUUGAUAUUUUAAAGUGGGAGUGAACUGUGUGUGGUCUCUCAUUGACUGUGUUAUAAAUACGUAGUCUUGAUAUAUACAUUGUCAGACAUCUACUAAUACUGCAGAUAAUAACUUGACCUAUAAUCGUAUUUGUAAAGAGGAACUAAAAUGUUUUGAGAGGAAAAGUAAUUGUUUUGCUACUUGGUAACAUGAUGAUUGUGGUAUAAAUGUAUUGAGUAGUGUAAUUAGCAUGUUAUCAUUCAAGUGGGUCUAUUUUACUAGACUACACUAGCAUUGUGGGUCAGGAAACUGGCCAGGUAUGAGUAGUUGAGGACUCGAGAUGGCGCUAUUGGUUCGUAUAUGCUUUAAAGGGUUCUGUGUAACAGCAGCAGAUUGUGGGGAUUGUCGUUUUGAAUUUGUGCAAUUUGAUUUUAUGCAGCGGACCAUCCUAAGUUUUACAUUUCAUAAGAUAUUUAAAUUGAAACUCAAUGGUGCGUUGAAUGAUUGUAUUGUCAGAAUGAUUCAAUUUUCUUACUGAAGAAAAAGGUGAAAUAUCACAUGUUUAUGUUCUCUUUUUUUUACAUAAUGGAUGCCUAUAAGAAAAGUGGAACAUAUGAAUAAAUAUUCCAUAAUGGCCCGUCA